AUGGUGGCCCAAGAAAGUGGAAGGACCCAAAGAGAUUCCGUGCUGUGGAAAUUGUGGAGGCACCGUUUCGCUUACAAUCGUACUUCGCCCCAGGCUUUGGGAUCUGGGUCCCAAAGAUACAAGGGAAGAGUUUGGAACGGGAAGCUCAUCUUUCGGCCCUCUGAUUGGCCGGCUCGCACUCCACUCACGCGGCGCGCGACUCUGAUUGGCCCUGGCGGCACCCCCCUCGGCCCGCAACUACUUUGUGUGCCGGGGCGGCGCGCUCAACUGGCGGUCUGGGCUGCUCUAAGGCAGCCCUUCGGCCCACUGCUCUGCAUCGCGGGCGCCGGGAAUGUUCCGAGUCCGAGCGGAGGGCCUGUCGCAGCCGCGGGUCGGGAGAGGCCGGGCAUCGAACUCAGGCCCUCGUGGGGGGGUCUUUCUCUUCGAGCGAAUGUGGAAACACAGCUCUCACAAAAUAAAGCGGUGGAUGCUGCAGCUACGCUCUACACGGGCGCAGCGAGGCAGAGGGCGGGGAGAAGCCCUGGCACAUGCCAGGGUCGCCGUAGGUGGCAGCGGCCGGCGCAUGCGCGCCCUCUCCCAGAAGCCAGGAACGCCGAGGGGCGCGCGCCCCCAUUCGCGCGCGCACGCCGGCGCUGGCCGAGGCUUCCCCGCCUGCGCUCGUUGUCAGAGCUGCUCCGGCGCGUGCGCGCGUUAUCUCCUGCCGACCCGAGGUGCCGGUUACCUCCGCUCCAGGCCCCCUCCCCACCCUGUCCCCUCUCCCGGCCCCAGACGACCCGUCCCUUCUUCUCCCCGCGGAAUGGGGCCAGCGCUGCUCGGGGUCGCGCGCCCUGGACCCGGCUCGCGCUCGGUCUCGCGCUGUCAGCGACUGCCCGCCUCGCGCCGCCUCGCGCUCUGCCUCAGUCAGUGGCGCCGAAGGCUCCGUUAAGCGGCGGCGGCGGUUCCUGUUUCCGUUUCUUCCUCUCGGUUCAGUUGGGAGUAGCAUCCUCCACCCAGCCACCCUUUCCACUCCGCCAGCGUGGGGCAGCUACGGCUGAGGGCUGUGGCUUUGGCGGCUGGGACCGGGGACCGCGGAGACCGCCUCUGCUCCCGCUUCGGAUUCAUUUGCUUGUCAAACUAUCAGAGGCAUGUGAACCAGAGCAAUUCUACCUUCAACAGGAGCUGCGUAAAACGGGGCUGAAACCUACUGGACUGCAUUCCCAGACAGUUAAGGCACUCUAAGUCACAGGAUGAGAUAGGAGAUCGGCACAAAAUACUGGUGAUAAAGACCUUGCUGAUAAAACAGGUUGCAGUUAAGGACCUGGCCAAAACCCACCAAAACCAAAUGGCAAUCAGAGUGAUCGCUGGUCAUCCUCACUACUACACUCCCAUCAGUGCCAUGGCAGUUUACAAAUGCCAUGGCAAUGUCAGGAAGUUACCCUAUAUGGUCUAAAAAGGGGAGGCAUGAAUAAUUCACCCCUUGUUUAGCAUGUCAUCAAGAAAUAGUUGUAAAAAUGGGCAACCAACAGCCCUCAGGACUGAUCUGCCUAUAGAGUAGCCAUUCUUUUAUUCCUUUACUUUAUUAAUAAACUUGCUUUCACUUUGCAUUGCGGACUCACCCUUUCUUGCGUGAAAUCCAAGAACCAUCUUUUGGGAUCUGGGUCGGGACAUCUUUCCUGUGACAUAUUUCUUUUUCCUGUAACAUAUUUCUGGCGACCGUAUAAGCGACUAUAGUGCAGAAACCCUGAACCAACGGCUACCUUUGGGUAAGUGUUGGGAUCCUG